GACAGGUAACGACAUUCUAAGGGUGCUAUAUCUCUCACAGUAUACUUAAAUGGGCAUGACCAUCAUUAUGAGCUAACCCGAGUAACGCUGAGUUCAGGUGUGGGGGUGUUUGAGCUAAAAUCAAUAUUAAGAGAACAUCAAAGGCGGGGCUUCGAUAAGGCUAAUGUCUUCUUAAAACCCCACAAAUUACAAUAUAACCCAUAGAAUUCUUUUUAUACUUUAUAGACGACAGGGCAAUUUUGCAAGAACCUUAAAUUAAAUGCAUGCAUUAUAUUGCCCCAAUCAAGAGAAGCUAAUACAAACAGAGACAUAGCAUCUUUAUUUAUAUAAGUCGGAUUGAAAUCCGUGCCAAUUGAAUUGGAUCGUAUUAAAUAAGUUCUAAAUAGAAUUACUUAAUAGAAGUGUUUCUUAAAGAAGUGCCAUUAUCAUGGUGCACCUGCAACUCCUUUUAGGACUAUUUAUAUGGUUAAAUCAUGUAUUAUGUGAAAUGCCGAUAUAUUACGGGCAAAAUAUUAAGGAAGAUGGUGUUAAAUGUGGCUUUAUAAAAGCUUUGCCAAAUUCUAGAGAACCAUAUGUAGCAAUUCAGGCGAAGUCAAAAUCUAAUAUUCCAGGCUAUAAAUUAGAAUUACCAGUCUUGAUAAUAAACAAAGUCGAUCUUAACAAUUUAAUAAACUUCUCAAACGAGACACAUUAUGAUGAGUUAUACAAACAUAAUAGAACUGUUUUGUUUGAUGAAGUCUUCGAUUACAGUAAUAAUAAAUUCAAUUUGUCGAUGGGCAGUGCUUAUCAACUUGAUGAAACAGCAGUGUAUAAUGGUCUAUUAAGUUUGGAUAAAGAGAAUAUUCAGAAAGAAGUACGCCUUCCAGUUAAAGUAUCAGGAAAUUAUUGUAUUUUUAUAGCACCACCUACUGAUGUUUCGCUUAACGAUAUAUUAAUUUCAACUUCUUUCAUUAACUCACAUGGAAAGUUGAUUUACGAAGGCUUUUUGCUCUAUGAAAAAGCCAAACAUUAUCUUGUUUUAAGUAUCUUAAUAUUUGGCUACUUACAUGUUACUAUUCAGCGAAACAAGGAUCGCAAUAAUAUCGAGGUGGUUUCCUAUUCGUCAUUGUACUAUAUUUUAUUGCCAUACAUUUUUGUACAGCUAUUCACAUGGUUUACGUUUUAUUUGGAGAACAAUUACCUAUCACCACCUGACUUUGGAAACCUUACGUAUAUUUUCAGUAAAGGAUAUUUUUUGCUGGUUAGAUACUUCAAGUUAUUAUUUGCGAUGGGAUAUGGCUCGCUCUACAACUGUAACGAUAAAAUGAAGAAUUAUAGUAAAAUGCCAUCGAAGUCAUUUUAUCGCAGCAAUAUGCUACUAAUUUUCAAUUUCAUUCUAGUUUUGGUGUCGACUUGGAAAAGUAAUUUAGUAUUGGAAUACAUUCUUUGGUUGCUACCUGGAAUAUGGUAUAUACUAACAUGUAUUAAUUAUUUUAGAACUAGGCGAUUAUUAAUUGAUGCCUACCCAGCAGGAUCAAUUGACAAUAAAAUAAGAGCAUUUAAGAGGUCGAUCUAUUUUCUAUUUAUUCAGCCUAUUAUAAGGCCUUUCGUGCUUGGUAUAGGUAUUGUUUACUUAGUUAUAGAAUUCGUUUUUGCUCUAAUACGUUCAAAUGAACCAUUGAAGCAAGAGGAGUAUUUUAAUAGCGCUAUGCAUUUCCUUAUAUUGGAUGAAAAUUUAAAAAUUUAUUUAAUAGUUGGCCUUGCUCACUUCGUUUGGUUCAACAGUAAUAAAACAGGUUAUGAAUCUGAUGUUGCAAAGAAAAUGUCUUAAGUAUAUAAUUAUUUUUAGUAUGAUGUAAUAUAACUCCAAGCGAGAAAUUAUUUAUAGGAGUUAAGUCCCUAUCAGGAGUGCGCAUUGGCUCCACCAAAGCUUCCGCUACUAAUUUCAGCACUGUGCAUGUGGAGGACAGAAAAAGGGGUUUUUUAAUUAGUAGCAUGACCAAUUAAAGAUAGAGCCG